CCCUGCCCUUCCCUUCCCUUCACGGAGACGGUUUUUAACCGCCUUCCGUUGCCACCGUCGCUCAACGACCGUUACGCGGCGGUGCGCGCGGCUCCUCCGCACACAGGCGCGCAGGAGCGCCUCAGUCCCCGUCCCUCCGCUAGGGGCUCGCCGAGGGACCGCCACGGCCUCGGGGCCCGCAACACCGCGGCCCGGCAGAGGCCGAGCCCUGCUCCCCACGCCGCUUCCCGACCGCCGACUCGUACCUCGGCGGCGCCGCCUGGCGGCCGCCGCGCCGCUCUGCCCGCAUACCGCGGGGGCUGCAGCGGCGCCGUGCGCCCGCUCGGCCCCGUCGUGCUGCCGUCCCCCGCUUCCCCCGCCGUGCCUUCCCUCCCACCCCCGGCAGAGCGGCGGCUGCAUGGGGCGGCGCUGAGCGGCGGCGGCGGGCAGCCAUGCUGUCGAGGAAGGGGAUCAUCCCCGAGGAGUACGUGCUGACCCGGCUGGCGGAGGAUGUGCCGGAUCAUGCCCGGUAUCGCGCACGGGAGCGUCGGGCGCGUUUUGUGGGCAAGAACGGUGCCUGCAACGUGGCCCAUAAAAACAUCCGGGAGCAGGGACGCUUUCUCCAGGACGUCUUCACCACCUUGGUAGACCUCAAGUGGCAUCACACACUGCUCAUCUUCACCAUGUCCUUCCUCUGCAGCUGGUUGCUCUUCGGCAUGGUGUGGUGGCUCAUCGCUUUCGCCCACGGAGACCUGGAUCACAGCACCCGGCUGCAGCGUGACCCCAGGGAAGGGGUAGAAGGGGCCCCGGCCACCUUUGUUCCCUGCGUGACCAGCAUCCACUCCUUCACCUCUGCCUUCCUCUUCUCCAUCGAGGUGCAAGUGACGAUUGGCUUUGGGGGACGCAUGGUGACGGAGGAGUGUCCCGCCGCCAUCCUGGUGCUGAUUGUGCAGAACAUCGUGGGGCUGGUGAUCAACGCCAUCAUGCUGGGCUGCAUCUUCAUGAAGACCUCACAAGCCCACCGCCGAGCUGAGACCCUCAUCUUCAGCAAGCACGCGGUCAUCGCCCUGCGGGAGGGCAAGCUCUGCUUCAUGCUGCGGGUGGGGGACCUCCGGAAGAGCAUGAUCAUCAGCGCCACCAUCCGCAUGCAGGUGGUGAAGAAGACCACCAGCCUGGAGGGGGAGGUGGUGCCCCUCAACCAGAUAGACAUCCAGAUGGAGAACCCUGUGGGGGGCAACAGCAUCUUCCUCGUCUCCCCACUCAUUAUCUACCACGUGAUAGACAAAAACAGUCCCCUCUACGACAUCUCCCCUGUAAACCUUCACCACCAUGAGGACCUGGAGAUCAUCGUCAUCUUGGAAGGGGUGGUGGAGACCACUGGCAUCACCACUCAAGCCAGAACCUCCUACCUGGCAGAUGAAAUUCUCUGGGGUCAAAGGUUUGUGCCCAUUGUGGCAGAGGAAGAUGGGCGAUACUCUGUGGACUACUCUAAAUUUGGCAACACAGUGAAAGUGCCCACCCCUUCAUGCACUGCUAGGCAGCUGGAGGAGGACAAGAGCAUUAUGGAUACCAUGCCGUUUUCCCCUAAAGGCACAAUAAGGAAGAGGUCUGUGAAGCUAAAGCCCAAGUUUACCAUAAGCGAUGAGCCUUCCUGAUGCCUUUUGACUGGGAAACUCUGUUAGGGCUUUGUGUCUGAAAGAUCCCAUAAACUCAAAACACUGAGGUGGCCUCUUACUUUUUUUUUUAAUUCAGGUUGGUAGCACAAGGUAUGUUCUGGUGUUAUUUAUUGUGGGAUAAAUCUAAAGCUAAUUCUAUUUUUUUAAGUGUGAGAGAUUUCAAGCAGCACUGGGAGUAGGGAAAACAUGAUCUGCAGCUUUAAAUUUCAGUUGAGACUGUUGUAUUUAAUUGCACGAUCAUUUUGCAUUGAUUCAUCUGCAGGUAAUGACAUAUUUUCUGAAAAAAUAAAUGUAUAUUUAUCCUCAGAGUUUGCAGUACCUAGGGUCUUGCAGUGUCCUGAAGUCAGUACUUUUAAACUGUUUUUUUCUAACUUGAACAAUCAAUAUAGCAAAAUAAAAUAUGAAUAAUUAAUAAAGUAGGCUGGAUUUUAAUGAUAACAAAAGGGUCAGGCAAUGUUAUGUAUGAUACAAGACCAGAUCUGGAAAUGUCUGUGUUUUAUGCUCUUUAUGUCUCAAAGAAAUUAACUGCUGGAUUUGCUUCAUCCAUAUUGUAUGGAGCCACUCCUAUCAGAUGCAAUAUGAAAUAUAGUUGAAUAUCUGCUUUUUUUAUAUUAUAACCCUGUACACUUCCAAAAGAAAACAUUCAGGAAUACCUUUUUAGACUGUACGUUUCUGAUGGUAAACAAUGCUUUGCCUUUAGAAAGAGCAGUGGUUAAUAAAACAACUGUCAUUAAUUAUAAA